AUCAGAGUGUUCGGCGGUGGUAAAGCACAUAUGCCCACAUUCCAAGCCAGAAACGCUCCAAGUUGGAGAACAAAGCCAUAGAAGGCAUUCUGGUGGGCUACAGUGAGCAGAAGGAAGGGAUAUAGAAUCCUUUGUCCAAAGACCAACAAGGUCACAGUAAGCCGCAGUGUUUAUUUUAAUGAAAAGUGAAGCAUCAGAUAAUACAAUUCUUGAAAAAUGUGGAGAGGAUUUACACGCUGAAUCGGCAAGAGACACUGACCUUCAUGCGAAGCAGGACAAGAGCCAGAACAAGAAGUGGAACUUACAAUCAACGAGCCAAUAGAACCCACUGAACAACAAGAAAUCAGA